AAUUUGGAGUCGGGGUCCACCAGCUUUGAACUAGCUGAGGCCAAAACUUAAUUUUUGAAGCCAUUUAACUCGUUUACAGGCCCACUGGGCCACCGCUGGACCAAACUCAACCAUAAUAAAGUGGGCCGAGAAAAGCAUAUUUUAACAAAGAAACCGAAAGGAAGAUAAAAAGCCCGUAUACCUCAACGAACUGUGCAGUUAAACCAGUACAUGUCUGGUCCACUUUCUCUCCCAUAAUAAUUAAACAGGCACCCCACACUCGGCAACGUUGCUUUCUCUGUACUUCAAAUGGCCGAUAAGAAAUAGCCAUUGGAGCACCUUCUCUGCAAUCUCCAAACGCAUAGACUCAAACCACCACACCCCUGCCAUAAAUUCUACUCUACCUCAUUUACCCGUUUCAAUCUUCAAAAUCGCUUUCAUCGUCAUUACUGGACUCAAUUUGAUUGAAUUGACAGUGUUUGUUAACUCGUGUUUUCCCAUUAUGCUGCCAGUUGAAAAAUCUGGAGCUAGAUCCAGCCCUGAAAGACCGGAGCCAGACUAUACGGCGCUGGAUUCUCUGCAAUUCAGAGAAGAAAUCCAGCAAUUGAUGAGCGUACCACCAGAAAACGCGAGUUCCUUCACUGCUCUCCUCGAGCUACCGCCCACUCAGGCCAUGGCGCUUCUCCACUCGCCGGGAACCGGCGAAUCUUCGGCAGUCCCUGCGUCUAGCAAGAAGCCUGUUAUUGAGGACGGUAUAAAACCGUAUCCACAUGGUAAUUUGACGCUUCCAACAACCACUACUCUGAUCGAGGGCGCCGCGAGAUUCUCCGUAUUCGCCAGAGAGAACCACACACCCGAAUUGAGCUGCGUGCCAUCUAAUUCCAGCGCGAAUCUCGAGAAAGCGGUGAAGAACGAGCCGGCCGACACCGAAUCGUACCCCAAUUUGUCGCAGCCGCUGGUCUCCGAACCGACGGUGGGGAACAAAAGCCAGAAGCAGAGCCCGAAUCAGACCCAGAGGUCGGUGAAGCGAAAGGAACGAGAGAAGAAGGGCAAAGGGUGUGCCAAAAAGAGCAAGAGCGCCGCAAACGAGGGUUCCGAUGAUGCAGAGAAGCUUCCUUACGUGCACGUUCGUGCCCGUCGUGGUCAAGCCACCGACAGCCACAGUUUAGCUGAAAGAGCCAGGAGAGAGAAGAUAAACGCCAGAAUGAAGCUACUGCAAGAGCUGGUCCCCGGCUGCAACAAGAUUUCUGGUACAGCAUUGGUGCUAGAUGAAAUCAUCAACCAUGUACAAUCUCUACAGCAUCAAGUGGAGUUUUUAUCUAUGAAGCUGGCAGCGGUCAACCCUAGAAUUGAUUUCAACCUUGACAGUAUAUUGACUGCAGAAAGUGGAUCUGUAAUGGAUAAUAACUUUCCGAACAUGGUUAUGCCUUUGAUGUGGCCUGAAGUCCAGGUCAAUGAAAACGGACUACAGUCCCAACCGCAAUGGCAUUUUGAUGCUAUUCACCCACCAGUUUGGGGGAGAGAAGAAGACAGUCAUAACUUCAUUAAUUCUGAGAACUCACUUCUGACCUAUGACUCCUCUGCAAAUUCAGCAUCUCUGCACUCGAAUCAUUUGAAAAUGGAGCUAUGAAGCCACGGAUGGAACAACCAUUGGUAGUGUAUAUAUCAAAUAUAGUAUUUGCAGAUAGCAAGAUGUAGCUAGAGAAGAGGCGUCAACAUUAGUACUUGGUUUUCGUCGUAAUCUAUUCAUUCAGCUGGAGACAAGAAAUUGGAGUAAGUUAUAUAUAUGAUUUAUAUGUUUUCUAUAUAUACUAACUUUAGAGAGUCAUUCAAUCCAAUACUCAGGUUUGCAAAAUGAUUGAUUGGUUGAUUCAUAUUGUAAAAUAGCAUUGAAAGAGCCAUCUCCUUUGCUAUUAUUGAAGAUGGUAACUUCAUUGUUAUGCCAGAGACUAAGCAAAGAGCUUUUUGUUGUGAUGAAUAAAUGAGUAACUUAUUUUUAUUUA